GUCAGUGUCUCCCGCGGCCUCGCCUGGAAAACAUCGGUCCUCUCACCUCGGCCGUCCUCCAGGCGACGCGCGCUCCUCCUCGCGUCCGUCGGAACAAAAGAAAAGAGGUUAGUCCGCGGACUAAUGAGGCACUAGAGCGGGGGCCCACCUUGCUCGACGGUCUCCCCCUUCGGCUGGGCCUGCCCGCGAGUUCCUAACCUCUCCGCCGCCCCGACAUGGGCGCCCUUCGCCAUUUUUACUCAGCCCUCCUGUGCCUGUGCCUCGGAGCGCUCGCGCGCGCAAAUGUCCAGAGCAAGGUGCGAUGUUCGAGACGACAAAUGGAAGUCGACAUCGUCAGGAGCAGUCCUGAGGCGAGGAUAUACUUGCAACAGUUGAAGACUUAUCCAGACGAGGCUUGUCAACCGCAUCUCACCGAUGGCGUGGCCACUUUCAGACUCUCCCUUUUGGACCGGGACUUAAUGAGAUGCGGCAUGAAGCGAAUCGUCAGCGAAUUCUCGGACCAAAAGGUGUACUACCACCGCGUGAUCGUGGAGGAGCCCGCGGACUCCUGCAAGCACACCUUCCUGGUGAAGUGCAUCAUCGACGAGGUCGAAAUCGAGCCCGAAGUGAACCUCGUAAGCAACCACACAUUAGUGAGGCGUAACGUACUUCCAGCGGGGUUUCAAGAGCCCGAAGUCGUUACCUAUAGGGCCAUGAUACAGUCGUCCCCGCCGCCUCCAAUUUUGGGAAUCAAAGUCAAACAAGGAGACACGGAAGUAACUGGGGAAUUGAAUGUCAGCCCUGGGACUCCCUUAAAAAUGGAGAUUUUCCUUGAUUCUAAAUCUGCUCCGGUUUAUGGACUUCUGGUUACGUACAUGCAGGUGACCGACACGAAGACUCAAGAAGAGACAAUAAUUUUCAACGGGUGCUCCGUCGAUCCCUACCUUUUCGAGAACUUCAACACGAUCGACGGUGACUUUUUAACCGCGAAGUUCCGCGCUUUCAAAUUUCCGGAGAGCACUUACGUGGAAUUUCGAGGGACUGUAACCGUCUGCCUGGAUAAAUGCGAAGGGAUCGAGUGCAGUAGCGGCCAGGUUGGAUUCGGUAGAAGAAAAAGAGCCAUCAUGGGAAGUAACGACAAGAACAAGGUCUUCGAGGUGUCUAUGACGACGUUCAUCACGGUGGACUUUGACAACAAUACCGUCAUCGACCAGAGCCUUUCAAAGUUCGUGCUAAAGGGGAAGAACAAAAGGGCAGAGAGGCCGAUGAUCGCCGAGCAAGUUAGGGAACAAUUCAAAUACAAGGUCGUCGAAACCGUGACGAGUGGGUGCAGCAUAAUGAGCUUAAACCUCUUCCUGGUCUUGGCUUGCCUAUGCCGAGUUUUCUGAAAAGCAGACGUCGAGACUUGACCUAAAACUCGAAACAGGUCGAGAAACUCCGGAGCUACUUUUCGGGACGCGACGCAAUUUCCUUGCGCUCGUUGUCCCGCAGGAUAUUCCAAAUUAAACGAGAAAAAAAGAAAAAACAAAACAGCUUAUUAAGAAAUAUAAACAAAUAAAAUGUCCCGAGAAGUGCGCUCGAACACUCGAGGAGCCGAACAGCAAUGUGAUACUAAAAUAAAGACGAUCCUCCGACGCAGAGGUAGAGGGUUGGGGAAGAAGGUGCGAUGCUUGGCCAGAAGUUUGGCGGCAAAAUUUGAAUUUGCCGCCUCGCUGAGGGAAACUUUCGACAAAAUUAGCCUAACUUCCUUGUAUAGAAGCGUCUAGAGAUUGAAGCUCCAGACACUGCCCUAGCUAUUCUUUCAACGAUUUUAGUUAAUUCUCACGCAGUUAUGUCCGUCACCUAUUUCUCUUGGAAAAGUACUGCUGCUACAUUGCAUAGUAUUGCUGCGCGCGGUUACGGACCCGUUGCAAAAUCUCUGGCAAUGUUUCCGUAACUGGUAUGGGUCAAUGAUUUCUCCGCUCCGUAACCGCUACAUUUUUUCCGAUCGUUUAUCCCGACAUUUAGGUCCGAUUAUAAGAUCUUGAAAAUUGGCCUUUGCGAGCGGAGAACCGAGGUUCUCAAGCUAGUCUUACGACUACGCAACCUUUACCUUAAUUACUUAACUAGCGAUUACGAGAUUAACGGAUUACGCCUAACAACAAUAACAAGCACUUUACUCUUGUAAAAUAACUCGAAAUAAACUGACGGAUGAGCGACAGGAUCAGA